AUGUAAUCUUUGAAUUAAUAAUGUCUAAGUCAUCAAUCUCUUGACGUUGAUGAUAUCUUUUUAAAUUUAUAUCUGAUCAAAUUUGAUGUGGAUAAUUUUAAUUUUAAUUUAUUUUAUGAAAACUUGGAUUAUGAUAACUGGAGCAAUAGAUUCAUAUCUAACAAAAGUGAUUAUUGGGUUCUUCGAUGCUUUCAAAAAUAUUCAUAGUGUAAUACAUACUCGCUUUGCCAACAUUUGAGCAAAAAUAUAUUUGGGCCAGAAGACAUGCAAAAACUCAACUCAACAACAAUAAUUGUUGGAUCUGGAGACUAUCAUAAGUUGGAUUCGUAAGAAUAGGCACCAAAAGUUGUGAAAUUAGGAAUUAAGAAUUUUCCAAAUGAUAUUUCUUAAUAUAUGGAGUCUAUAUUUAUGCAAUUAGUCUUGCAUAUUAAAAUGAAGGAGAAAGUGUGGAAGUCUUCAAAAUAUUAGAUGAACACCUCAAUUUUUAGUAUAGACAUUCAAUCAUAAUGGAUGGCAAAUACAAUUGAAUAUUAAAUGAUUUGA